GCGAAGGUCCCUGCAGCACUGACACGUCCCUCCUGCAGCUGCCAGGGCCGGGUGAUGCCGGUCAGGACGUGCUGCCAGGGUCAGGUGUGCCCAUGAAGCCGGCAGGGCGCGGGCAGCGGGGCACCGGCGGCACCGGCGGCACCGGCGGGGCGGCGGCACCGGGACGCUCACCAUGGAGUUCACGGCCAUCGACUACAGCAUCUUCGCGCUGCUGCUGGUGCUGUCCUCGGCCAUCGGGCUGUUCUACGCGCUCACCGGUGACCGGCAGCGCACGGUGCAGGAGUUCCUGCUAGCCAACCGUGACAUGGGCUGCCUGCCCGUCGCGCUGUCGCUGCUGGCCUCCUUCCAGUCAGCUGUAGCCAUCCUGGGUGCGCCAGCUGAGAUCUUCCGCUUCGGCACCGAGUACUGGUUCCUCGGCUGCUCCUAUUUCCUGGGGCUGCUCAUCCCGGCGCACAUCUUCAUCCCCAUCUUCUACCGCCUGCGCAUCACCAGCGCCUAUGAGUACCUGGAGCUGCGCUUCAACAAGACAGUGCGAGUGUUCGGCACUGUCACCUUCAUCUUCCAGAUGGUUAUCUACAUGGGAGUGGUGCUCUACGCACCCGCGCUGGCCCUCAACGCAGUGACGGGAUUUGACCUCUGGAGCGCGGUGCUGACCAUGGGGCUGGUGUGCACGCUCUACACCACGCUGGGUGGGCUGAAGGCUGUCAUCUGGACAGACGUGUUCCAGACGCUGGUGAUGCUGGCGGGGCAGGUUGCCGUCAUCGUGGUGGGCGCAUGGCGGGUGGGGGGCAUGGCCCGAGUCUGGCGUGUGGCUGAGCAGGAGGGCAAGAUCUCCGGCAUUGACCUGGAUCCCAACCCCCUGGAGCGUCACACCUUCUGGUCGCUGGCUGUGGGUGGGAUCUUCAUGAUGCUGUCGCUGUACGGGGUGAACCAGGCGCAGGUGCAGCGCUACCUCAGCGCCCGCAGCGAGCGGGAGGCCAAGCUCUCCUGCUACGCCGUGUUCCCCUGCCAGCAGAUUGUGCUCUGCCUCAGCUGCCUCACCGGCCUCGUCAUGUUCGUCUACGACCGGGAGCACCCGCUGGCGCCCACCCAGCGCCCUUCCUCCUAUGACCAGCUGGUGCUGUACUUCGUGAUGGACGUGCUGAAGGACCUGCCGGGGCUGCCCGGGCUCUUUGUCGCCUGCCUCUUCAGCGGUGCCCUCAGCACCAUCUCCUCAGCCUUCAACUCGCUGGCCACGGUGACCAUGGAGGACCUGGUGCGGCCGCACUUGCCUGGGCUGUCGGAGUCGCGGGCCACGCUGCUCUCCAAGCUGCUGGCUCUCGGCUAUGGGCUGCUGUGCCUGGGGAUGGCGUACGUGUCCUCCAUGCUGGGACCUGUGCUGCAGGCAGCCAUCAGCAUCUUCGGCAUGGUGGGGGGGCCGCUCCUGGGGCUCUUCUGCCUGGGCAUGUUCUUCCCGUGCGCCAACCCCACAGGAGCCAUCGUGGGGCUGCUGGCCGGGCUGGCCAUGGCCUUCUGGAUAGGCAUCGGCAGCUUCGUGUAUAACUCAGCGGCGGCCAAGGGCACAGCCAACAGCACCGCGCUCCCCCCUGUGGGCAACCUCAGCACCGUCCUGGCUACCACCCUGCUGCCCAGCACAUCAGCACCCCCAGGCCCCACGGGGCUGCAGCGCUUCUACAGCCUGUCCUACAUGUGGUACAGCGCCCACAACUCCACCACCGUCAUCCUGGUGGGCGUCCUGGUCAGCCUGCUCACCGGCCCCACGCCGGCAGCAGCGCUGGACCCCCGCACCAUCUCCCCCGUGGUGCCACGGCUGCUCUGCUGCCUGCCCCCCAAAAUCCGGCAGUGGCUCUGCUGUGGGGGAGCCGACCCUGCCCAGGCCCCUGCCCAUGCGAACAGCACAGAGAAGAGCAAGGGGGUGCCCAAUGGCGUGGCCCACCCUGGCCCCGACCGGCAGGAGGAGGAGGAGGAAGAACAGGGGUACAUCCGCAAUUCUGGUGCCCCCAUCUGCUCCGUGCAGGAAACCUCUUUCUGAUGCCCCCAGAGUGGGGAUCGUGGCCGCCCCCUGGUCGGGGAGCUCAAAGCCUGGUGGGGCAUCCACAUUCAGCCGGGAGUGCCCCACAGCAGGCGGAUGGGUCUCUCUGGGCAGGCUGGUGGGCUGCCCCCGGGGGCUCUGGGACCGUGGUUGGGGGAUGCUGGAGCGGUGCCCCCUGUCCAGGCCGGGAUGUUGUCUGGUACCCCGGCCCAGCCACGUGCCUUACACACCGCUCCAGGGCUGGGGCUGCCCGCGCCCCUCGGGUGCCGAGUGCCCCUGCACCCCCUGUCACCUGUCUUUGUAUUUGUACUUGUUGUCCCCCCAAUAAAUGGUUCUGGAGCACA